GUAACAUUUCCUCUCCUCAGCCCACUCUCCGAUCCACUUUACAAAAAUGUCCCAGGUCGUAAAGCAAGAGUUCAACCCCAAGAACAUGCCAUUCCGCCGCCUUGGCCCCAGCGGCCUGCGCGUGUCGGUGUUCUCCCUCGGAGGAUGGCUGACGCUUGGCGGCACCGUUAUUGGUGACCCUGUCAAAGAAAUCAUCAAGGUCGCCUUCGACAAUGGCAUCAACAUGUUCGACACCGCUGAGGGCUACGCAGCUGGGCGCUCCGAGAUCGAGAUGGGCCGUGUCAUCAAGGAGCUCGGCUACCGUCGCUCGGACCUUGUCAUUACCACCAAGCUUUUCUUCGGUACUCGCAAGGGUCCCAAUGACACUGGUCUCUCGAGAAAACACAUCAUCGAGGGCACCCAGGAAUCGCUUCAGCGUCUCGGUCUCGACUAUGUCGAUGUACUCUUCGCCCACCGUCCUGACUACACCACUCCCAUGGAGGAGACGGUUCGUGCAUUCAACUAUGUGAUCGAGAAGGGCUGGGCGUUCUACUGGGCCACGUCGGAGUGGUCUGCUCGGGACAUCGAGGAGGCUUACCACGUUGCUGAGAAGCUGAACCUCAUCCCUCCCAUCGCUGAGCAAUGCCAGCACCAUAUGCUCCACCGUGAACGCCCCGAAAAGGAGUACGACGCCAUCUACCGCAAGUACGGCGUCGGGACCACCGUCUUCUCCGCACUUGCGUCUGGCCUGCUCACGGGCAAGUACAACGACGGCAUCCCCGAAAACUCGCGCUUCGCCAACCACGCCGACUUCUUCAAGAACACGCUCCAGUCGUUCAACGAAGAAGAAGGCAAAGCGAAGAUCGCCAAAGUGCGCGACCUGACCAAGUUCGCCGAGACUGAGCUCGGGUGCACGGUCGGCCAGCUGGCUUUGGCGUGGGUAGCGAAGAACCCGAACACGAGCACGGUCAUCCUCGGUGCGUCCAGGCCCGAGCAGGUCCUUGAGAACUUGAAGGCGCUGGAUGUGAUCCCGAAGUUGACGCCCGAGGUGCUCAACAAGAUCGAGGAUAUUCUGCAGAACAAGCCUGCUCCUACGCCCUCCUUUGGCCGCCCGGCGCUCGACGUGUUCGGCCGUCUCUAAGUCUGCGCUGUUGUGGUUCAGGAAAUGUUUUAAAGGACGUCGCAUAGAUAGACAUCUAUAUAUAUGUCCUUGUACUAUUAGGCCUCGACUAUUAACCAUCAUGUAACACCAGUUUUUACCCUUGUUUAAGGUCACGCCAACGGCGCUGAAGCUAACGUUGAAGAGCAUAUGACUUGAUUGGAUUGUCCAAUAUGAUUAUAGCUACA